CAGUCACCGCCCGAUCCUCGGCGCGCACGCUUUCCGAGGCAUCACCUUUGCGCGACUCGUUCCCGUGUUUGUACAUGGUACACGCACUGCCCCCGUGACCGCGUGAUACCUGCGUCGUUUUUUGUUUUCGUAAAUUUUUCACUACGUCCAGGAUGUGACCGGCGGAGAGGUUACGUGUGUUGCGAUGUUGAUGACAGUUGUCGCGGAUGUUCCUCGGGAUAUGGAUUGUGAGAGAAAAACUGCGAGUGUCCGGCCGUAUAUAUAUAUAUAUGGUACAGUGAGUGAACGGAAUGAAAUAGAAAAGGGAGAGAGAGAAAAAGAAACAGUGUGCAAACUGCAGUGAAAAGGGGGCAAAUGGAACCCGGUGAAAAUUCCGAGUCGUUCGAUCCGAGUUCACGACUGCAGCUGAGCAAUUUCUCUCUCGGCGCGUCACUCGGCCAAUCAGUGCGACGUGCUGUCACUGGCCAGCUGCUGAAGUAAAGUAGCCCUUGCGCUGCGGUAUAUAGCGAGGAAGAACGGGCUGCGAAGGAAGAGAGACGAGACGAAGGGUCCGAGAGAGGUUAGCUACUAUGUGAGGAUCGAACGUUGCUCGCGCGCGUGAAAAGGAACUCGCUGCAGCGCCGAGUGCGGCGUCGCUCUUUUCGGAGAAAUGCGGACGACCGGCGGGAGAGAGGACUGACCGGGCUUUCCACGAAGCUGCGCAGCUCGCUGCCACGGAGAAACGACGCUCCGCGCGCGGGCUAUCGGCAGCGCGUAAAUAUGCGCCUUCAUUGUGGCGAGCCGAGAGGAAGCCGAUAGUAUUUAUGGACGCUGCGGUUUUGCUGCUGCUGCUGCUGCCGAAGACAUCAUUUAUGGUUAUUGAAACAAGGAUAUUGCUGCUUCGCGUGGGAACAAGGAACUUUGUUCGAGCAUAAGCUGGGAGGAGGAGGCUACGCUGCUGAGAGAAAUCGAUAAUUGAAAAUGACCAGUGUCUCUGCUUCGUAUACCCAAGAAUGAGUAGAGCAGCAGCAGUCAGUGAGGCAAUGGAGAGAACACCGGAGGGCUGAGCGAGCUGAACCGGCCAAAGUCGUCCAGCAGCAGCAACGAACGAAUCGCUAAAAAAGAAGAGAAAAAAAACAUACCAAGAGACGAAAGGGAUCGAGAGGGAGAGACUGAGCCCGCGCGAGAUGAGUUCGGCGAGCUCGGCCCUUGGCGCGCUCGCCGUACUGUCGAUCAUUCUGGCGACGACGGCAGGUACGGAGAGCGAGGUCACAGGCCACCUCAGCAGCACUACCGGCAGCAUCGUCUCGAGCACAAGUCGUCGGAUGGAGAACGUAACCAGCAGUCCUGUGACGACCACAACGACUAUCACGACGACUACUGCGGAGUAUCCGGAGAUUACCAACGUUGCUACUACUGCCGCCUCGAUAGGCACAGUCGUAACAACAAGCCCAUCAGCCACUUCCGCUUCCCCCGCGGAAGAUCCCUCGACGACGGUCAAGGCCACUAUUAGUAGCACGUCGACAACGACACCUGGUCCACCUCUUCAGGAGCGACUGGUGGGCUCGGAGGGACUCGCGUCGAGUUCCUUCCCCAGAGAGACAACGAGGCUGUCCGCGACGACGACGUCGGUUGUCCAGACCAUGACGACGAUGACGACGACGACGACACCUGGGAGUAGCAUCGUGAUGGUGGGGAAAAAUGUUGCGGCAAAGUCGAGGAACGAUCUCGUUGGCGGGACCUUUCACGAGAUUAAACCUGCGCAGAAGGUUAAUAGUGCGGGCUACAUCGGCGGCAAAAUGGUAAAGCCAAACGUAGCUUCGGCUCUAGGCAAAUACACGCCGUACUUCGAGGACGGUCAGACCGAGCUGAACGUGACGGCGAGGAUUGGCAGCACCGUCAUCCUCGACUGCGAGAUCGGCAUGCUCGGAAAUAAGACGGUGACGUGGUCGUACCACAGCGCUGAUGUCUUCCGUCUUCUCACCGUUGGACGCAACGCUUACAGCGUCGAUCAGAGGAUCAGCCUUUACUUUAGAUACCCAACGAAUUGGAGACUGAGGAUCCAGUACGCGACGCCCCGCGAUUCCGGAUUGUACGAGUGCCAAGUGGCGACUUAUCCUCCCUUGGUGAAGAAAAUUCACCUGCUUGUAACGGCGCCGAUACUCGUAAUAAUGGAUGACUCCGGGAGGAUAAAGUCCGGCGAGAGGCAUCUCAAGGCAGGCAGCUCUUUGCAUCUGCGAUGCGAAGCAAGAGACGUACCGGAGCGAUAUAAUGAAACUGUCAUUUGGACCAGGGGAGACGAAAUUCUCAACGAAGACGUUAGUGAAAACAGGACUACCGAGCUCAUGGACGGUAGGGAGAUCCAAGUUAUCGUGAGCACGAUAGUGAUCGAGAGGGCAACGCCAAGACACGCCGGCAAUUACAGUUGCGUCGUACCUGAAAAAGCUAGGGCUACAGUCGCGGUGCACGUUCUAAACGGAGAACUGCCAGCUGCAGUACACGAUGGAAACGGAGUUUCCAAAUCAGUCCUAAAUCUUUGGCUUAUUCACCUGACUGUCAGCUACGUCUUUUCUAGAUGACAAUUCUAAGGACUGAACCGCGUUAAUACACACGCGAGAGAGCAAAGAAAUCGCCAGCAGCAGCAGCAGCAGCAGCGGCGACGACCGGACAUUAACCAGUUUACGGUGCAAGGCGAGUUGGCGGAGGAAAAAGAGAGCGAGGCGAGGGGCAAGUCUCAUUUGGUGCUGACGAAAAGGAGAGAGCCGCACUGCAGCGUGCUAGAGGCUCGCCAUUCGAGGAUAUCCAGUUUAAUAUCUAAAAUAUACCUAUUCGAUUUUUAAUAUUACAAUAUAGGUAUAUAUAACGAUGAAUUUCUUGUAAAUAUCUGAUACACACACACACACACGAAUAUAGCUUUUUGUUAUGGAUUAAUAAUGUUAUACACUAUAUCACGGAUUAUUAUGUUUUUCUGUGCGGCGACGAGUGAGAUAUGAUGCACGAGGCGGACGAGAGAGAUUAAUAAAAGAUAUACAUAUAAAAUGGAGUCGUAUCGAACCCCUUUUCCUCUGUUAAUCAACUUUGCACGUAAGAAUAUAACGCAACUUAAAAACUCCAAAACUCACAUUCCACCCCUCAACGCUUCUCGUCCCUAUCCAUUCCGGAUAUUACCUAAUAAAAUCUCCCUUGGAACGAAACAGCCUCUCGCAUGCAAAAAAAAAAACACCACGUUCGCAGCUCUCAAAUCAACGCC